AUGAGAAGCCCGCUCCCCUUGCUCCUUUUCUCCCUGGUUGCCCUUUGUGGGCGAGGGGGCUGCCGCGUGGCCAACGCGGAGGAAAAGCUCAUGGAUGACCUCCUGAACAAAACCCGCUACAAUGACCUGAUCCGCCCAGCCACCAGCUCCUCAGAGCUCAUCUCCAUCCAGCUGCAGCUCUCCCUGGCACAGCUCAUCAGUGUGAAUGAGCGAGAACAGAUCAUGACCACCAAUGUCUGGCUGAAACAGGAAUGGACAGACUACCGCCUGGCCUGGAACAGCUCCCGCUAUGAGGGUGUGAACAUCCUGAGGAUCCCCGCAAAGCGCGUCUGGCUGCCUGACAUCGUGCUUUACAACAAUGCCGACGGUACCUACGAAGUGUCUCUCUAUACCAAUGUGGUGGUCCACUCCAAUGGCAGCAUCAUGUGGCUGCCCCCUGCCAUCUACAAGAGUGCCUGCAAGAUCGAGGUGAAGCACUUCCCCUUUGACCAGCAGAACUGCACCCUCAAGUUCCGCUCUUGGACCUACGACCACACAGAGAUCGACAUGGUCCUCAAGUCACCCACGGCCAGCAUGGAUGACUUCACCCCCAGUGGUGAAUGGGACAUAGUCGCCCUCCCUGGGCGAAGGACGGUGAACCCUCAGGACCCCAGCUACGUAGACGUGACUUACGACGUCAUCAUCAAGCGCAAGCCACUCUUCUACACCAUCAACCUCAUCAUCCCCUGCGUGCUCAUCACCUCCCUGGCCAUCCUCGUCUUCUACCUGCCCUCCGACUGCGGUGAGAAGAUGACGCUGUGCAUCUCCGUGCUGCUGGCGCUCACCGUCUUCCUGCUGCUCAUCUCCAAGAUCGUGCCGCCCACCUCCCUCGACGUGCCGCUCAUCGGCAAAUACCUCAUGUUCACCAUGGUGCUGGUUACCUUCUCCAUCGUCACCAGCGUCUGUGUGCUCAAUGUGCACCACCGCUCACCCAGCACACACACCAUGGCGCCCUGGGUCAAGCGCUGCUUCCUACACAAGCUGCCCACUUUCCUUUUCAUGAAGCGCCCUGACAGCAGCCCCUCCAGGGCCCCCCAGCCCAGCCAGGCUCACCUGACCAAGUCCAAGGCUGCCACCACCGCCUCGGCCAUGGGCCCCACCAGCUCCUCCAACCUCUGUGGGAACUCCAUGUACUUUGUGAACCCUGCCUCUGCAGCUCCCAAGUCUCCAGCCGGCUCUGACUCAGCGGGUAUCCCCAGGGAUUUCCGGCUGAGGUCUUCUGGGAGGUUCAAGCAGGAUGUGCAGGAGGCUUUAGAGGGUAUCAGCUUCAUUGCCCAGCACAUGAAGAGUGACGAUCAGGACCAGAGUGUCAUUGAGGACUGGAAGUACGUGGCCAUGGUGGUGGACCGGCUGUUCCUGUGGGUGUUCGUGGUUGUGUGUGUGCUCGGCACUGUGGGGCUCUUCCUACCUCCCCUCUUCCAGACCCACACACCUUCUGAAGGGCCCUAGCCACGUUACCCCGACACCUUCCUCCAGCAGCCCUCGGUACCCGAGGCUCUCACCCGCUAG